GAACGCGUUCGAACACAGCCCUUGUGUAGAGGUUGUUGUUGUUUACAACUGGAGAAUAACGCGGGUAAUCUGUAGAGUAACACUGUAGAGUCAACAACAACAGCUCUGUAGAGUCAAGAGUCGUCCUCGCCUCUCAACCAACAUCUUCUGUAGAGGAAAGUCUACAGAGGGAUGCGGCUCUUCUCUAUAAGAGAGUAAGAAGACGAACUGCUCUAUACUGAGGAGGUUUAGAGGGAAACAGCUCUGUGGCUCACGACUACUGUGGAGGUUGCCAUCACUCACAGAAAAACAGAAUGUCUCGCGUUCUAAUUGAGGUGUUGCCAAAUAUUCAGGCAUGUAAUAUGUACAUCACACUGCCUCCAGACACCACUUGCCAGAAAAUACUUGUUGAUAAAUCUGAAUGUUCAGUUGAACUUCAAGAUGGCAACAUAGUUUGUCUGAAGAUACCAAGAGGGACAUAUUUAGUACCAAAUUCAGUUACAGGAAUUACUCAAGUGUCAAACAUUAUCACAGCUCGUGCACAAAUUAGUGAGAUGACGUCACUUAUUACUGCACUCGGUGGUAAUAUUUUAAAUGAUGGGGAUACGAAGUUCUUGGAUACAGAACUAAAUACUUCUCUUUCAGGCUCGUUGGUAUCAGCUCGGUGCAAGAAGUGUCUAACCUAUGUGUUCAGUAAUGUAAAGUUUAGAAGAGUGAUGCCCCUGCCAUCAGUCGAUUGGGACCACUCAUCUGAGGAUUGGUUCUGCCAUCUUCAUGCUGAGCACGGAAACAAGCUCAAACCAACAUCACUUCAGCCUAACCCGGAUGAAUGCUUUUACACAGAAUUGUUUUUUCUUGUGCACAGUAACCUGUUGGAAUGUAUGAACGCCGAGUGUGAUGAUAGCAUUGUAAAAUGCUCCAAGUGUAGAGUACUCCUCGGUGAGAAGGCUAAUCUCUCGGUGAAGGUUUGGACACUAAGUCUUGAGUGGGUAACACAGCAAGAUGAAACCAUUUAUAAUAGAAAUUCAGCUGAAAUAUUAAUAUCCUUAUUUCACAAUAUUGAUAAGGAUAAUUUUGGGGUAAAUUGUCGAUUAGUGCUGCAAGCACAGACAAAUCCAAACAAAUAUUUAUACAUGGUGACAAUGAACAUGAACCAAAAAUUGCUGGUUUCAGAUAUUUCAGAGUUUGCCUCGUGUGAAACAAUGUUGCAAGAAUCAUAUGGAUAUAGAGAAGGAAUGCAUUGUAAUUCAUCAAAGAAAUUAUGUUUGGAAAAAAGAAAGGACAUCAGUUUAAAGAAAAUAUAUGCAAUCAAAUUACUGUACCUUGUGAAGAAAGGUGAAGACAGUCAGACAGGAGAAUGGGUAGAUGACAUCAAUGUACACAUUAUUCCCUGCAGCAUUUCGUUGCUUGAUGAAGUCAAAACAAUGUUAGAGAAAUCUACUUAUUUCUUACCUGAUAAUGUUAAAACCAUUGAAAAUAUGAACUUGGGUUAUAUUAUAAAAUAAAUGCAGUUUUGUAAGUAAAAGCUAUAA